CGACCGUCAUGACUGCUCGUAUUUCUAUUGCUCGUCCCGCUGGCCAGGGAGGUUAUCCACCAAGCUACAGCUCUGCUCCCCCAAGUUACAGUCCUGAUCCCCAUGGGCUGUCGAAUCCUAGACCGUCGGCGGGCUACAGAGCCGCAAAUCCCGAUGACCCGGUCGAAAAGCUACGCGCCUAUGCCUCGCAAGCGGAAGACUACGUCGAGAUUUACUCGCAACCCCUGAAGCCGCACUUGCCUGCAAUUGGGCGCUUUCUGAUUGUCGUGACGUUCUUGGAGGACGCGCUGAGGAUAAUGACUCAAUGGGGUGAUCAGCUUUGGUAUUUGCAAAGACAUCGGAAGUUCCCAUGGGGCAUUUCACAUUUCUUCUUGUUGAUCAACGUCAUUACCAUGCUUGUUGGCUCCGGGGCCGUGAUCACAAAGAGGCACACAGAAUUUGCUGUGGGUGGACUGCUGGGCGUAGUUAUUAUCCAAGGAUUCGGAUAUGGCCUCAUCUUCGAUCUCAACUUCUUCCUCCGCAACCUCUCCGUCAUCGGCGGUCUCGUCAUGGUCAUGACUGAAGCCAUGUUCACCAACAAGAAGCGCUUUGCCGGUCUUCCUUCACUCAGUGAGAACGAUCGCAAGAAAUACUUCUUGUUAGCCGGUCGGGUACUCCUCAUCUUCCUCUUUCUCGGAUUCAUUCUGCAGGGAGAAUGGACCAUCGCUCGUUUCUUCCUCUCCAUCAUCGGCUUGGCUGCCUGUGGUAUGGUUGCAGUGGGCUUUAAGGCCAAGUGGUCCGCAUCCUUCCUCGUGGUCGUCCUCAGCAUUUUCAAUGUCUUCGUGAACAACUGGUGGAGUGUCCACUCGGCGCACCCGCAAAGGGACUUCCUCAAAUAUGACUUCUUCCAGACGCUAUCCAUCGUCGGUGGCCUUAUUCUCCUCGUAAACAUGGGCCCCGGCGGCUUGUCCGUGGACGAGAAAAAGAAGACCUACUAAAGGCACGUCGGAUAACACCGACGGUCAUUUGGGCACGUCCGGUGCGGUUGGAGUGCUGCAGGAGCAGGUAGCGGCGGGCUGAUGUACAUGCACUACAAGCCCCCCGAAAACUGUGCUAUAAUAUUAUCAGGGUCCCGAGGCUGGGCAAUGUAGGCUUUUUUGAUUCCGUCA